UACAUUCUUUAUGCUCUUUGUUUUCAUUCCAAUCCCAUUAGAUCUAAUCUCUAUCUAUUUCAUUCUAUCCCUCUCUCUCUGUGUGAAGCUGGAGGAGCUGGAUUCUGUUUCCAUUUUGUUUUUCAAUUUUUGAACUUGGAAAUUAUCCAGCUAGUUGGUAUUAUCUUCAAUCUGCAUCAUGGAAGGUGUUGUUGUGAGAAGAGUUAUUCCUUCUGAUAACAGUUGUCUCUUCAAUGCAGUUGGAUAUGUUAUGGAUCGUGACCAAAACAAAGCUGCUGAGUUGAGACAGGUUAUAGCUGCCACAGUAGCAAGUGAUCCUGAGAAGUAUAAUGAAGCAUUCCUUGGAAAGCCAAAUGCAGAGUAUUGUACCUGGAUUCUGGAUUCAGAGAAGUGGGGAGGUGCAAUUGAACUUUCAAUAUUAGUAGAUUAUUAUGGACGUGAAAUUGCAGCAUAUGAUAUCCAGACCACAAGAUGUGAUUUGUAUGGUCAGGAAAGUAACUAUUCUGAAAGGGUGAUGCUUAUUUAUGAUGGUCUCCACUACGAUGCAUUAGCUAUGUCUCCUGUUGAGGGAGCUCCUGAGGAGUUUGAUCAGACCAUAUUUGCUGUAGAGAAUAACAGAAGCAUUGGACCUGUUGAGGGGCUAGCUGUAAAUUUUAUUAAAGACCAACAUAGGAAACGAAGAUUCACUGACACUGCCAACUUCACAUUGCGCUGUGGGGUGUGCCAAAUUGGAGUAAUUGGUCAGAAGGUCAUUCCUAAGUACCUGGUGUUUGUGCUUACCCACCGGAUUAGGACUCUCUCAUGAGGCCGUGGAGCAUGCACAAGCAACUGGUCAUGUUAACUUCCAAGAAUACAGAUGAUACCCUGCUGAGACACCAAUUUGUACGUGUAUACCCAGUUGAUUUUUAUGAGCUUCAUUGAUAUAAGAUAGUUGUCUCAUUGAAGACAAUCAAGUUCUUUCCCAUGCUCAAAAAGUGAUUAACUGAAUAAUUUUUAAGUUGAAUUGUUGUAGCAAGUUGUGUUGUAACUUGUAAAAUUGUAAUAAUCAUAGUUCCUGGGUCUCAAUCCAUAGUGAUUGUACUUAUAAAAGCCUCUUUGGUUGUGUUAAAAUAAUCUGAAAAAUCACUUUUCCCUUUGCAAAAACAACUUUCA